AUGCGCUAUGUGGCAGCCUACCUCCUGGCUGUUCUCGGUGGCAACGACUCCCCCAACUCCAAGGACCUGAAAAAGAUCCUGGACAGCGUGGGCAUCGAGACGGACGAGGAGCGAUUGAAAAAGGUCAUCAGCGAGCUGAGUGGCAAGAACAUAGAGGACGUGAUCGUGCAGGGGAGCAGUAAGCUGCCCUCCAUGCCCUCCGGUGGUGCUGUUGCUGCCAGUGCUGGUUCUGCUGCCCCAACUGCUGGUGGCCCUGCUCCUGCUGCUGCUGAGGAGAAGAAAGAAGAAAAGAAAGAGGAAUCAGAAGAGUCUGAUGACGAUAUGGGCUUUGGUCUUUUUGAUUGAGCAUCCACCCUGAUCCUUGAGCAAAUAAACCUUUUAUUUAAGAAAAAAAAA